AUGUCAGUAACUGUCAAAACACACAUAGAUACUUUAUCGGAGGUUUGUUUUUCCUUCAGCUGAAAAAUUUCGUAAAAAUUGUAUCGAAAUGGCUGGUCGUGAGGCUGUAAAAAGGAGUCUUCAGCAAGUUCGCCCUAUUCUGUCUGUAGAUCAAAACGAGGCACGCCGAAGAGUUCUCAAUUUAUACAAGGCAUGGUACCGUCAAAUCCCCUACAUUGUUAUGGAUUAUGACAUCCCGAAAAAUAUCGAUCAGUGCCGUGCAAAAUUACGUCAAGAAUUUCUGAAACACAAGAAUGUCACCGACAUCCGUGUUUCGGAUAUGCUGGUGAUCAAAGGCCAAAUGGAACUGAAAGAAACUGUCGAAAUUUGGAAGCAAAAGGGGCACAUUAUGAGAUUUUGGAACGAGUCCGAAGAGCCCAAGCCGACAGACUUUUUGUCAAAGUUUAUUGCCGGCCAUAAUUAGACCAAAUUGUGAAUGAAGUUCUGUAGAGACCGUAAUAAUGUUCAAGAUUUGAAUAAAAUUCGAAUGUAAAUACAGGUCA